UAUCAUGGCGGGGGGCAUCAGACGGAACUUGAGUGCUGAAGUACAGCACGUGAGAAAUCGAGCAAGAACAACAUUGCCGCUAUGAAGAAAUCAACCUUUCUGGUUUUAGUGAUCUCUUGUUUAUUUGCCUAUGGAAGAAACAGUGUUACAGCCAAGAAGCCAAACAUCGUGUUGAUACUAACAGAUGACCAAGACACGAUCCUAGAAGGAAUGAGUCCUAUGAUCAAGACCAAGAAACUUAUCCAGGAAAAAGGGAUUUCUUUCGAAAAUAUGUUUGUAACAAGCCCUCUUUGCUGCCCAAGUCGGUCAAGCAUCCUGACAGGAAUGUACACACACAACCACCACGCCAUUAACAACUCUGUUGAAGGCAACUGUGCCAGCAACAAAUGGCAACGAGAAUCCGAAAAACAGACCAUGAACACCUUUCUUAAAGCUAUGGGUUACGGCACACUCUUUGCUGGGAAGUACUUGAAUCAAUAUGGUAUCAAUGAAACAGGGGGUCCUCAGCAUGUCCCCCCUGGAUGGGACAAGUGGUAUGGACUGGUUGGCAAUUCCAAGUACUACAAAUAUACCCUUUCUGUGAAUGGAAAACCUGAAGUUCAUGAAUCAGAUUAUAAGAAGGACUAUUUGACUGAUGUGAUUUCCAGGUACGCUACAAGCUUUAUUCAAAGCCGAGCGUCGUCAUCUUCACCGUUUUUCAUGUUCCUGUCAACGCCUGCCUGUCAUGCGCCAUUUACCCCAGCCCCACAGUACAAAGACAUGUUCAAUACAAGUAAAGCCCCAAGGACGCCAAGCUUUGAUGUAGCAGGAGGGAAGACCAARCACUGGUUGAUAAGACAAACCCCACAUCCCAUGGCGAAAUCGUCCAUUGAUUUCUUGGACAAUGCGUUUCGGAACAGGUUGCGCACUCUUCUGUCGGUCGAUGAUUUGGUAGAGCAAGUUGUAACAAUGCUGGACAAGACGAAACAACUUCAAAAUACCUUUAUCAUCUUCACAUCUGAUAAUGGCUACCACCUCGGUCAGUUUUCUCUUCCUGUAGACAAAAGACAGCUCUACGAGUUCGAUAUUCGAGUUCCGUUCCUGAUUCGAGGUCCAGGAUUAAAAGCAAACAAAACCCUUCAGAGUCCGAUUCUUAACAUAGACAUCGCACCAACUAUAAUAGAAUUAGCUGGAGGUCAAGCACCAAAGACUAUGGAUGGACGGUCCAUUGUACCAUUACUGAAUGAUUCUAAUGUCGAAGAAAGCCAAGAGGACAACAAAGUCAAAGUUCAUGAUGCUGCUGUGAAAUGGCGUGAAGACUUUCUAGUGCAGCAUUCAGGAGAAGGCAAAAUGAAAGUCGAGGGCUGCCCAAAACUUGAACCAGGAUUUGAGAGUUGCGAGCCUGAUUGCGUCUGCGAAGAUACCUGGAAUAACACUUAUUCCUGUCUCAGAAAACUGAGCAGUUCUCAAAACUUUAUGUUUUGUGAAUUCCGUGAUAAAGAGGUUUUUAUGGAAUAUUAUGACAUGACAAAGGAUCCUCACCAGCUGUCUAAUAUUGCUAAGAAGGUGAACCCUCGCGUUUUAGUUCCGCUACACAAAAGACUAGAAGCAUUAACGAUGUGUGCUGGUGAUACAUGCCGACAAGAGGACGACAAUGAUGAUGACACUUAGCUUCUUGCUGAAGCUAGUGGCUCAAUCUCAUUCGUUUUUACCCCCAGGGCUUUAGUUGUCUGGUGUUAGUAUUUUCUCCCGAAGAGGAGAAAUAUAMAAGCUUAAUAAUAAUCAGAUAAUUGAAAUUCAGUGUAAAAACCUCAAAAAGAAAAAUUAAUAAAGUCUAAAGGUAAAAUGUG